AUGGCAAAGAAUAAUACUGAUGCUAAAGGCCCGCCUCAAAAUGGCUCUGACCAAGUCGUCCAGCGCCUGCACCAGGUCUCGUCACAUAUCACUCCACCCACAGAGACACCCCAAACAAGCACAAAAAAGACCAAGUCUGCCGAAAAUCGAUUGCCCGCAGACCACUCCGAUGUGCUGGGCCAAAUAGCCAGCCUGCGUGCUAUCGCCGCCAGCCCGGACCCCAACCACCGUGGGUACGUGCGCCAGAAGCAAGCCGGAAAGUUGUGGGUGCGCGAGCGCAUCGAGCAGCUUCUUGACCCAGGCUCAUUCACCGAGAUUGGGUCCGUGUCAGGCACAGUGACUUGGAAGAAGACCGCGCCGAGGCGCGAGACGCCCGUAUCGUUCGUGCCGAGUAACAAUGUCCAGGGAACGGGCCUGCUUCGCGGCCGAAAGGUUCUGCUUACAGCAGAUGACUUUAGUAUCCGAUCCGGACAUGCGGAUGGAGCGAGCUCGGGCAAGACUAUCUAUAUGGAGAAAUUGGCGAUUGCAUUGCGGCUGCCGGUGGUCAAGCUGGUUGAUGGAAGCUCGGGAGGGGGCAGCGUGACCACGAUUCGGAAGGAAGGCUGGAGCUAUUUGCCACAUGUGACGCCGUUUAUGUCAGUCAUUAAGCAGUUGAAUAUGGGGAUUCCGAACCUAGGAGCGGUUGUUGGACCGGCUAUUGGGCUCGGUGCUGCAAGAGUCGUCUCAUGCCAUUUUUCCGUCAUGGCUGCUGACAUCGGAUCUCUUUUCAAUGCUGGUCCCAAGGUUGUGGAGGGUGCGACUUUUGAAGAAGGACUAGACUUCCAGGACUUGGGCGGACCCAUGGUGCACUGCACGAACGGCACGAUCGACAACCUAGCAGCCAAUGAGGCUGAAUGUUUCGAACAAAUACGCACUGUUCUGAGCUAUUUGCCUAACUGUGGGAGCGAAGCUCCGCCGGUCGUCCCUUGCAAUGAUGCAGAGGACCGAGAGGAUAUCUCUCUCCGGAGCAUCAUCCCACGCCGGCAGGCGCGCAUGUAUAACCCGCGGACUAUUAUUGCUUCUGUUGUGGAUCAAGGGUCUUGGUUCGAAAUUGGUGCACUUUGGGGCCGGACUGCUAUUGGCGGAUUGGCACGUCUUGGUGGACGUCCUAUCGGCGUGAUUUCGCUUAAUUGCGAAGUCAAUGGCGGUGCCCUCGAUGCAGCCGGCAGUCAAAAGCUUACUCGGCUGCUAAAGAUGUGCGACGUGAUGAAUCUGCCAAUUUUGCAGUUCCUUGACGUUCCCGGGUAUGCUAUCGGCACCGUUGCAGAACGUACGGCAACUAUGCGCUGGGGUGUUGAGCUAGCCAAAACAUACUAUACAACCACUGUUCCGAUAUUCAAUGUAGUCACUCGCCGUGUGUACGGUGUUGCUGGAGGCAUUAUGAUAGGAAGUCGAGACCCCGUGAUGCAAGUCGCAUGGCCCUCUGGUCAAUGGGGCUCUCUACCGCUGGAUGGCGGAAUCGAAGUUGGCCACAGACAUGAGCUACGGGAGGCCGAAAAAGUGGGCAAGAAAGAAGAGAGGUAUAAAGAAUUAGAAGAGGAGUAUCUGCGACUUAUGAAUCCGGUGCGGACUGCGAACGCAUUUGGCGUGGAGGAGAUUAUUGAUCCAAAGGCCACGAGACAGGUUUGCUGUUCGUGGGCAGCGCAUGUCUACGAUGUGCUUAUGCGGGAGAGACUGGCUGACAGGGCCUGUGGCAAGAUACAGCCCUCGUUUGCUUAA